GUGGGCGGAGCCUGAAGCGCGUUCCCGCGCGGUCUCGCUCGGUUCCUGUUGUGUCGCGGCUCGGCUCGGAUCGGAUCGGAUUUUUUCUUCAGCCCGCUCACAGCUACGGAUCUUCGGCCGGACUCCCAGACGGACUGACGGGCUCGGUGGGUAGCGGCAGCACUCGGAGCCGGCGACGGAGCUCGUUCUGCAGCCUGUGUGGUGGAAAAACCCGGACGGAGGCCCGCAGCGUCUCCGCAGCCCGCCUGCAGGCCUCCGGCCCGGACUCCCUGUUUUUAUCGCGGAAAAUGGAUGGAUUCGCCGGCAGUUUAGAUGACAGCAUGUCUGGAGCCAGCGUGUCCGAUGUCAACGAUCGUCUCUCGGCUCUGGAGCUUCGUGUUCAGCAGCAGGAGGACGAGCUGACGGUGAUGAAGGCGGCGCUGGCCGACGUCCUCCGCCGCCUCGCUGCCUCCGAGGACUCGGCUGCCACCAAGAAAGCGCAUGGAGGGAAAGGCGGUGCUGCACUGCGUGAAGCGUACUCUCUGUCUUGUAUCGCCAACGGGGGAACAUCUGGGCGCAAGAGAGAAUCCACCUCUGUCACCAGGAAGGAGACGGUGUCGUCGGCCGCUAAGAGUGGAGGCGAGAGGAGGAAGGAGGCCAGCAGCCAGCCAGCUCACAUGGAGGAGAUCCAGGAGCGAGAGGAGCAGUCUCACCCGAAGGCUCCGUCCCCCUCUCCCUCCUCCCACCACCGUCCACACACCCCCCAAACCCCACAGAACCCCCACCUUCAGAGGUCUGCCCCAUCGUCUGACAGCAGUAAAGGCCACGCCCCCUCGAAAAGGGGACCCAGUGUGAAGCGUGCCGCUUCUGGAAUGGAGCGAUCUCACAGCAGCACCUGGGAUUCUGCAGAGGACAGCAGGAGCAAACUGGUGAAGGCUGCGUCCACCUCCAAGCUGCUGGCCAAGGUGGUGAAGACCGCAGAGAGACACAAAGAACCAGUGAUCAGUCCAGCCAAAAUGUCCACUCGAGAGAAAAACAGCCAAGCUGAGGGAAACUCCAUUAAGAUGUUCAUGCGAGGUCGACCGAUCACCAUGUUCAUCCCAUCGGAUGUGGAAAACUACGAGGAUGUUAAGACGGAGCUUCCGUCGGAAAGACUUAAGCUUGAAUGGGUGUACGGGUAUCGCGGCCGAGACUGUCGGGCAAACAUCUACCUGCUUCCCACCGGAGAGAUUGUUUACUUUGUUGCAUCCGUCGUUGUUUUGUUUAACUACGAGGAACGGACCCAGCGGCAUUACCUCGGACACACCGACUGCAUCAAGUGUCUUGCCAUCCAUCCUGACAAGAUCCGUAUUGCUACAGGACAGCUUGCAGGUGUGGACAAAGACGGGCGGGCUCUGCAGCCUCACGUCCGGCUCUGGGACAGCGUCAGUCUGUCCACGCUGCAGGUGAUCGGUCUGGGAACCUUUGAGCGAGGCGUGGGCUCGCUGGCCUUCUCCAAAGCGGACUCGGGACAGCACCUCAGUGUGGUGGAUGACUGUAAUGACCACAUGCUGACAGUCUGGGACUGGCACAAAAAGACCAAGAUUGCUGAAAUCAAGACUACCAAUGAAGUGGUUCUGGCUGUGGAGUUCCACCCGACUGACCCACACACCAUUGUGACCUGUGGAAAGUCUCACAUCUUUUUUUGGACCUGGUCUGGGACCUCGCUGGCUCGUAAACAGGGCAUCUUUGGGAAAUAUGAGAAGCCAAAGUUUGUGCAGUGCCUGACCUUCCUCAGCACAGGAGACAUCCUAACGGGAGACUCCGGAGGAAUCCUGCUCAUCUGGACCCGGAACAGCGCCGACACCCCCACUGGGAAAGGACCCAAAGCCUUCCAGAUUGUUCGUCAGGUCAAAGGUCACGAGGGCAGUGUGUUCUGUAUGUGUGAGAUGAGGAGCGGAACUGUGCUGACCGGAGGAGGAAAAGACCACAAGGUCAUCCUGUGGGGCCACGACCUUCGACCUGAGCACGACAUCGAGGUCCCCGAGCAGUACGGAUCCAUCCGGGCCGUGUCUGAGGGGAAGGGGGAGGAGUUCCUUGUCGGUACGUCCCGCAAUUUCAUCCUGAGGGGAACGUUCAGUGACGGUUUUGUGGUGGAGGUUCAGGGACACACGGACGAACUGUGGGGUCUGGCAUCUCACCCCUUCCGAGAACUCUUCCUGACGUGUGCUCAGGACCGCCUGGUCUGCCUCUGGGACUCUGUGGAUCACAGCCUGAAGUGGAUCAGGAGUCUUGAGGAACACGGACACUGUGCGGACUUCCAUCCCAGUGGAUCGGUGGUUGCUAUAGGAACACACUCAGGAAAGUGGUACGUCCUCGACGCCGACUCCACUGACCUGGUGGCGAUCCACACUGACGGCAACGAGCAGCUGUCAGUCAUGCGCUUCUCUGUAGACGGCACGCUGUUGGCGGUUGGAUCUCACGAUAACUUUAUUUACCUCUACAUCGUGACGGAGAAAGGACGCAAGUACAGCCGAUACGGAAAGUGUUCGGGACAUUCCAGCUACAUCACACACCUGGACUGGUCCCCAGACAACAACUUCAUUAUGUCCAACUCUGGAGACUAUGAGAUCCUUUACUGGGACGUCCCAAACGGCUGUAAGCUGAUCAGGAACCGCUCAGAGUGCAAAGACAUCGACUGGACCACAUACACGUGUGUGCUGGGAUUCCAUGUGUUCGGGGUGUGGCCAGAGGGCUCUGAUGGCACCGACAUCAACGCGCUGAUGCGAUCUCACAACAGGAAGGUCAUCGCUCUGGCUGACGACUUCUGCAAAGUUCACCUGUUCGCCUACCCGUGCUCCAAGCCAAAGGCUCCCAGCCACAAGUACAGCGCCCACAGCAGUCAUGUGACCAAUGUUAGUUUCCUGUUUAACGACAGUCACCUGAUAUCCACCGGUGGGAAGGACACCAGCAUCAUGCAGUGGCGACUGGUGGAAAAAACACCCUCAUUGGUUCCCAGUGACUCCGCCCUCUCAUUGAGUGACAGCCUUCUUCAUAACGCCACCCAGUGGAGGAAGGACUCCUUUUCAAGUCCUCCACCUCCUGCUGUGGCCACACCCAUUCAGGAACCACUUGCUCCUUCUCCUCCAACGGCCAAUGGAACUGAAGAGCCUUCCCCUGAAACCCCACCCCCUGACGAGCUAAUCCCACCCAUCUCAGAGUUAACUCCACCCCACUCAGAGGCCACCCCACCCCCUUCUGACAGCACGGUGAGUCUCAAGGACAGCCUGGAUCCUAGCGACGACACAGCCACGCCCAGUGACGAAGGGUUCCCGCCCUUCACUCCGCCUUCGUAGACUCGCACAGUGCUGUGCAUGUGUCGGCGUUCAAGUUUCGGAGUUUUCUGAUUAAAAUGUGAUCAUACACCUUGAACAAACACCAUCAUCACACCUGGACAUCCUGGGCGGAGCCUAAUCACACUUUGCCACAGGAGGAUUUUGUGAUCAGCUGAUUGACGGUACCAUCCAAUCACAAGCUGUGAUAGAAGCGUCCCCACAGGCAACUAGCAUGCUAGCUAGGUGCGUCACAUGUCCCCUUUGAUACAUCCAGAAUGGGAAAAAAAAAAAAAAAAACGCAUCAAAGACCUCCCGCUCAAAGUUGGGACAAAUGUGGGAAUCGACACCGCAAGGCUAAAAUAUUUUUGAAGCCGUGAGCUGAGAUUGUGAGAAAAUGAUGGAUUUUAAUGCCUUAGUUAGCCACAGGCUGCUGUUAGCGUUAGCAGCACAGCAGCAACACUUUUAUGUCCCAAAGAGCCUGAAAUACUUUCUUUUGUUGACUUCACAAGAGAAAUGUUUGAUACAAUAUAUGUUAAGAAAAUAAAAGUAUUACACAGACCUCAGCGUUACUUUCUCAAAAGGGUUUUUUCCUUUCCCAUUCAUGUGAAUCACGCUAAAAUCAUUGCAGAUGUGAGAUAUUUGUGAUCGAAGUUCAAACUCCACUUUAAAUAUAAACGUGAAAACAGGAUUCCUGAGUCACCAUGAAGGUUUUCAGGAUGUUGGAUUAGAUUUAGUGUUAGCUUAGUGCUAACUGAUCAGUGAUUUCUUUUUUUUUUUUUUCCAAUUUAUUACUGUAUGAUGAUUAGCUUCACACAGUCAACAUGUUAGCUACAACACAACCCGCGGGGAUCACUGUUCUGUUCUGGGCUCGUUCUGUUAGCAGGGAUCGCGUGUCGCCAAUAGCAGCUAGUGCGACUUUGUUGAACACAGAAUGAAAUAAUUCAGCAAACAAUUGUACGACAGCACGAGCCUGACGUUGGCUGCAUCAAUUAUACGAAGUGUCACAGCGCCCUCUGUCUGUGGAGGACUUUGUCAAAGAGAUGGAAGGGGAACAAAAUAGGUCUUUAUGCUAAAAUUUGAAUUAAGAACUAAUAAAAAAAAAACAGACCUAAUUUUAAAAUAAAUCCCCUCAAAAAGAAGAAAAAAAAAAUCCAUUACCUGUCAUUCUCACUUUGACGCGAGGGACAGAUGUGGUUCGAUGCACUUUAGCAAAUUUGUGCUCACCAACAGAACUAUGAUGGAGCAAAAUGUGCAGUUAGUUUCAGGUCCAGUUAUACUUUUGGUAUCAAAUUGACUUUUUAUUCUGUUGCAUUUUAUUAAAAUGGGCAAUUAGCAGGAAAUGAAACAUAAAUUGGUGAGAUACCACAAGCUUGCUAGUUAGCUUGCAGAAUCUAGCCAGUUUAUAUUUUGUGUGUAAACAAACAGCAUUGAACAUUCAUUUGAAAUGUUUCCUAAGCUAACACUGGCACGAGUCAGCAUUUAGCUCCAUUUUGCUAACUGUCCUGUGUUUUUACAGUGAUGGUAUGAAAUCUGAUGAAUCCUCUUUAACUAAAUAGUUGUGAUUGUGUUGAAGAUGAUUGCAGCUUGUGUGAAACUUUUCUGUGCAGAUGGGGUAAAGCUAGUUAGCAUGUUUUGAUAAUUUUGUGAACAAGCAGUUUAACUUUGGCCCAAAAUAGGUGAUCCAAGUUUUGUUUUCGGUAAAUAGAUGUUCUGUGUGGUGAACAUGCUUAAAAUUGGAUUGUAAUCUGAUGAUGGAGAAAUAAAUGCAAGUUUCUGCUCUGUGUCUCGCGGUAAAGCUAAUGGCGCAGAUGGAGUCUGCAGUGUGAUUGGAUCAUUGCCUUUUAACUUCCUUCUAAAACCUGGUGGUAGAAGUACUCAUUUAACUCAAUGAGUGCCAGCCAUUUUCAAAGUUCAGAACAUCCCAGAGCCAGGAUUUCUUCAGUAUUUGAAUGUUUUUCAAGACCCAUAGAAAAUUGAGUGUUAUGUCCAUGUCAACAACAAACAUACCACAAGAAAAGAAAAAAGAAAAGAAAUUGGCUCGAUGACGCGUCUUUGGCGCGGGGCGUUACUAUCGGAAAAGAUGCGUUUUAGAGUCAAUGGCAUCGAGUGAGUUAAUUUUGAGAUGUUGCAAGAAAUUUAUGCCACAAUAAUAAUAAAAUACAGAUAAAGUACAUUUUUCUGUAUUUCUUAAUCGUGUAUAGUUUGCCUGAAUUUACCAGAUCUAAUAAAAUUGUGGAUUUCCCCUUUGUUUGGGUAUUUGUGAUCUUCCGUACAGCUACGUGCCUCGUUUAAAAAAAAAAAAAAAAAGUUGAGCAGAAAUGGUUGAAGGUUUGAGCGGCGGUGCCAACUUGAAUGUUGGUGGUUUUCUUCUUCUGUGUUGAUUGACUGUCUUCAUGAACAACUGCUGAAUUGUUUUAAAAUUAAACGUCACGUGACUCACCGGUGGCGCUGGGCUUUGUCUCCAUGACGAUGCACAGUAGAGACGACAGCUCGGUCCUAAAAAAUGGUUUCUGAGUAUCUGCUUAGAAACCAGGUUGGAUUUGAAAGAGCUCAGAAUCAAUAACAUGAACUUCAUUGAUCAAUAAUCAAUACGUCUUUACACAUUUAAAACAUUCAGGUGCUGUCAGCCGGGUUUGAUGACUCAAGAGUUUCAGGUAUCAAAAUAAAUCAUAACUUUGACUUGUCACGACGACGUUAAACCUCAAGAGUAAAUUAUGAGUUGUAACUUCUCCAGAUAAACUGACACGUGAUCGUGUUGUCAUUGUAACCCCACUUAAAUGUAAACUGUAAACUGGUGAGCUUUUAUUUUGAAAUCCGGGGAGGUGUGGGUGUGGUUUUGGGGGUGUUGCUGUUUGUGGACACGCUUCAGGUGUGUUUGUAAAUAAUCAGCAUGACGACCAGCGUCUGUAUAUUUCUGCUCAUCUACACCACCAGGGGGCAGCAGCUCCUCUGGGAUAACAAAUUCAUGCAAUGAGCCAAUCAGGUGAAAAUGUUCAGGUUGUUGAUCAAAUGCUCCUCACCUCAUUGGCUAAUUUAUAUAUUUUUAGGACUCCUAAUAUCAUAAAGAUGUCUGAUUUUUCUCCUGGACCAUUUCUGUUCAAAGUACUUUUUGAAUGUUGACUGUUUUGGGAAUGGGCGGGGGCUAUAAUAAUAUACUGGUCUGUAUGUUGGUGUUUAUGCUUCUCUUUUUUUUUUUUUUUUUUUUUUUUUUUUUUAAUACUAGUCUGUUUUGUCUGAAGGGUUUGGGCACGUCAGGGUCACACCUGAAGUUUCAGGGAGGGGGGGUAGGAUCACUAUGAGGGUGGGCGGGGCCUGUGGGUUUUUAUCAUUCAGUAACGACGUUGAUAUCCAUGAUGAUGAUGUUGGAAAUGAUCAUGUGACAAUGUUUUGAGCCAAUCAUGUCUUUUAUGCAUUCCUGUCAGAGGACUGUACUGAAGAUUUCAACUAAAAAAUGCAAAUAAAUGUUUUGAAAAAUGUGAGAAU